UACUUGAUGAUCUGGAAUAUGAAUGCUUCAUCCAGAAUAUUGCAUUAUUAUCUUCCGUUCGUAUUUCGAUCAGCUCACUUCACAUAACUCUACAUGCGUACAUUUUGGAUCGCACUGCGCAAGUGUAGCAGCUAGUCUGAAUAACAGAUCUAAUAGAGAUACCUGAAAAACAUUACGAUGUACGGUCGUCAAGGACAAGGCAGAUUUGGGAGUGGGAAUGAUAUGAUGUGGAAUGACGAUGGCAACAUGGACUAUGAGGUGGGAGGCAGGAAUGUUCAGCGGUCAGUCGGAGGAUAUCUGGAAGAAAACCCGGACUUUGGUGGAGGUUACAGCCAAGAUGAUGGGGGAUUCGGAAGUGGAAAUACAAUGGGAAGUCAUGGUAGCAUGAAGCGGAAUAUGGGCGGUCAUAGUCGAAUUAUGGGGGGUCAGAGUGGAAUGGGAGGUCAAGGUCAUAUGAGGGAAGGUCAGAGUGGCAUGAUGGGAGGUCAAAGUGGGAUGAUGGGUGGUCAAAGUGGGAUGAUGGGAGGUCAAAGUGAUAUGAGAGGGGGUCAAGGUCGCAUGAUGGGGGGUCAGAGUGGUAAUAUGGGCGGCCAAGGUCACAUGAUGGGAGGGCAAAGUGAUAUGAGAGGGGGUCAAGGUCGCAUGAUGGCAGGUCAAAGUGGGAUGAUGGGAGGCCAAAGUGGAAUGAUGGGAGAUCAAAGUGGAAUGAUGGGUAGUCAGAUGGGAUUAGGAGGUGGCCAGCAGUCCAUCAGUGGACAAAAUAAUAAUGAAUUGGUAGAAUUGUUAAAGAAACAGUCAGACGUAAUCAAUAAACUCAGUGAGAAGAUUGGCCUUGACACUGGUUACGGUGAUCAAACAUAUGAAAGCGGUUAUGGCGGCGAAGAUUACUAUGGCGAUGGAGGUGGUGAACAAUAUUAUGGAAAUGAAUAUGACCGAGGUUAUUAUGAAGAAGAUUAUGGAUCAUAUUUUGAUGGUCCUAGGGGUGGUCCAAGGGGUGGUGGACCUUACAGAGGCCAACGAUCCAGAAUGAUGCGAGGUGGACCUAUGAGAGGCGGACCAAUGCGGGGGGGAUCAAGAAGAGGAGAUUUCAUGCCUCCUCGUGGAGGGUUCACUCCAGGCCCUGGAGGGAGAGGAGGCAUGAGGGGGUCGCCAGGGAAACGAAGAGGCGACUUCCAGGGAGACUUUGGUGGGAAGAGACAGCGGAUGGACAAUGAGGCACAGUCUCGGCGAGCCCGAUCUGGUUAUGCAGUGAAGACCGCUGAACAAAAGGGGAGAGAAAGUGAGGACAACAAGAAGGGGACAGAAGCCAUGAAGCCCAAGGCCACAGCCACACAGUAUCGCAAGUAUCUCCGCAAGAAGGUUCAGCAGCAGAGGGAGGAGGAUGGAACCUUUCCAGCCUAUGAUGAGAACAAAGCCAUAGGGAGGAAGUACAUUGAGAAUGUCGAAGGAUACUACUGCCAGAAGUGUCGCCGAUUCUUCCGGGAUGAGUCAGAGGCCAAAAUAGAGCACUGCAUGACAUGGGCACAUUACCAGAGAAUCAAGAAUACAAAGUUCCCGAAGGAAGAGGACAAGAAGAAGGAUGCGGAUGGGAAAGGUGGGGGAGAUGAGGCUGUGGAGAUGGCUGCAGACGUCAAGACUGAAGCUGCUGAUGCACAAGUGGAUGAAGAGGAGUUGCUGAAGGAGGAUGAGUGAUAUCGAGCCGGACAAUGAAUGAUACCGAUCUGAUGAAAAUCUGUUGUUGAAAGACUGGGAACUGAUGUACAAGCUUGUGUCAGAUGAUUGAAGUCCCACUGACCUUCUGGGCAGGAAAAUGCAGUAAAUGCAUUUUUUCGUAACUUGGACCACCUGAUGGAUGUGAAAGUGUAUUGUUCAUGUAAUGACUACAUGUACAAACUGUAUUAGUAGAUUUUGACAGAGCUGUGUGGGCGGUGAUGUGGAUGAGUAGAUAAAGUAUUCGCACGUCACCCUGAGGACCCACGUUCGGUUGGGUACAAUGUUUGUGGGCCAUUCCUCCUGUUGUGAUAUUACUCAGGGGCGGAUACAGCUUUUUGAGAAGGGAGGGUGCAUACUAUUGAGAAAAGCGGGGAUGCACACUUCAUUUCCACCCAAGUUUCAAUGGUCAUUUAAUAAACUUUCAGGACAGGAGGUGGGUGCGCACCCCUGCACCCCUUCUGGAUCCGCCUAUGUGACUGGAGUGUCACAUAAGUGGCUUAAAACCAUACUCAGUACUGCAGCCAGACUGCGUUGUUGCAGAAUUCCUGCUGAUUGUAAUUACCUUGGCACUUUAUUCAUAAAUGUAUGCGCCAACAAUUUAUAACAAGUUUUUAUAUAUUGGGCACAUAAUUAUUUUCAAAAUACAACUAAUUUGAUUUAAACAUUCGGAAAUCAAAAUCAAAAUACUGAAACAGCCGGAAUUCAAAAGAAAGUUUCAUAAGCUCUGUACAUUGCUAGUAUGUCUAUUUGCAUACAAACUGUAAUAUGAAUUGCUGUAAGGAGCUCGUUUCACUGUAAAGAGCUCAACUUAAUGUUCAGAGUUUAUCAUGGAAUCUUUUUGGCUGUCAACAUGUCAAACAGACAUUUGCAGAUUUGUCAUGGUUAUUGGCCCACGGUUUCUAAAGGUAGGGGCCAACUGGCCCCUUCCAAGGAAAUCAUGGCUGCAGAUUGCAUACUAAAUGACUAUAAAUUAUCAGGCAUGGAAUUAUCCAUCAAUGUGCAUGGAUUGACUUUUGAUAACCUAUGUCAAGUGCUUUUGAGAUCAGCUAUUCAUUAUUUCUUUUCACUUCUGUUGAUUGAGAAUACAAAAGGGAGAUAAGCCUGUCAAAAUCAUUGAGUACCACUGAUGAAGGAAUGUCUUCAGCUCUGAAUUGAAUUUUGAAGAUUCAUUAUUUGUCUCAUCAUGUGAGAACUGGUAAUAAAGUCCAUGUCAUAGCUGAGAAUGACCCAGGUUUCAACUAAUCUUUGAGCUUGGGGGAUUAUUAUUCAAUUCUUAUUGCAUUUUCAUUUCAAUCGUCAGUCUCAUUUUUGCAUCAUAAUUUUAGAAUGUCCAAAAAACAAUGAAUUUGAAUAUCA